AUGUCUUUAAUCAGGGUGGCGCCGAAAAACAUACUUGCAGAUAUAAAACAAGAAAGACCUGAAAGUGUUUCAAAUAUCAAACAGGUAUGCAAUGCACGUUAUCGAAACAACAUGGCGAUAGAAGGUCCUAUAUCUGAAACGCAACAACUUUUGAAGCUUUUGGAUGAUAACCAUUAUGUUUCCAUGUACGAACUUUGUGAGGAUAAAGUCACUGUUCAUGACAUAUUUUGGACUCAUGCCGAAAGUAUCAAGUUAUUCAACAGAUUUCCCACUGUCCUCAUAAUUGAUUCAAUGUAUAAAACUAACAAGUAUAAGCUUCCACUUCUGGAAAUUGUUGAUGUUACUUCUACGGAGAAGACUUUUUAG